AUGCAAUCGUACUCUAACCAGCCACCACAAACACCCUUCAUCCCACCACCAAAUGACCCCCGUUAUGCUCAAUUCAUGGCAGCUUAUUAUGCUUCACUUCCCGCUGCACAACCCCCUAAUUUCUACCAUGGGGGGUCGUCGUCAGCUGCACAAUUUCAACAACCCGAUCAACACUCGUUUCCCACACCACCAUAUAACCCCACCCCCACACACGAAUUUGCUCCCACGCCGGAAUCUGUUCCCACCCCCCAAUCCAUUCCUGAAGCACAACCAAAAAAGGGUCGGGUCAAAAGCAUGUCCAAACGCACCAAGAAAAGCAAACAACCAAAAGAACCUGCUACAAACUCAUCAAAUUGGACCGAGCUUGAGAUGAAAGUUCUCACUGAGUGUUGGAUUAAUGCUACAGAAGAUCCAUACGUCGGCAAAGACCAAUCUGUUGAUUCUUUUUGGGGGGAAAUCAUAGAUAAGUACAAUGCAAGAUUCCCCAACAACCCAAGAAACCACAAUCAGAUAAAUGGCAAGUGGAGAAAGAUCAGAACAAAUGUGUCAAAGUUCAACGCAAUCUGGAAAGGCUAUGAUGGUCAUCGGUGUAGUGGUGAGAACGAUGCCCAAGUAAUGGAGGAAGCGCGUUCAGAGUACUUCACUCAAACCAAAACUCAGUUUACCAUGUACGAGUGUUGGUUGCUUGUGAAAGAUAAGCCAAAGUUCUUCGCUCCAUUCGGUCAUGAUGUUUUGGGCCGAAGCUUGCAUAAAAGGAAUAACGUUCUUAAUGUUGUUGAUAGUGAAGAUGGGGAGGAGGAGGGGACCCAAUUCGCGCCGGUGGACCUUGGUGAUAAUGACUUCUUCGGUCAGGAUACUUAUACGCACCCCCUACUAAGUCAAAGGCAUCACGAACAUCUGCUUCUUCCAAUGCGGGGUCUGCUCGUUCUUCAGCUUCCGACCUAG